AUGAGUGCCAAACUCGAUGACGGUUCUCUGGAGCUGGCGCGUUCCAUGGACGUGGCCUCGAUCCCGGAAAAGCUUCGCUGCGCAACUUGCGACAAGCUUGCGAUCAAUGCCAUGAAGCUGCCAUGCUGCGACAACACCAUCUGUGGCGACUGCCAUGACACGAUGAGCGCAAGCGAAUGCCCAAUCUGCACACACUCACCCUUCUCCGCCGACAUGUGCGUGCCCGCGAAAGGCCUGCAAAUGACUAUCAAAGCGUUCAUCAAGACCGAGCGUAAGAAGCGCGUGGACGCAGCAGCAGCAGCUGGAGAAGCAUCGGGGGCGGGACCUGCGGAUACCCCAGCACCUGCCGUGGCAGCUCCUGCAGACACGGAGUCGGCGGCAGUGGCAGGCAGUGAGGAGGAGAACGCCACUAUGAGUGGUAUGGACCAGGACGCGGUGGCUGAGGCCGCUGCAGAUCCCGACAACGAGUCCGAAGCGGCUCCCAAUACCAAUGCGGAUCAGGAUGAGGACGAGGACGAGGACGAUGAUGUUGUGAUAACUACCGAGAUGCCGGAGCACCACCAAGACAAUCAGCAACAGCAGCACGACCAACAAGGAGAACAGCACGAGCAGCAAUCUGGUGUUCAGCCCGGUGGCGACGAGUCGUUUUCCGAUCAGCAGACGCAAGGCCAUCAGCUGCAACAGCAAGGUUUCGGCUUCGACCCAAGCAUGGGCAAUUUCGGAAACGGCGGCAACAUGAAUAUGCCCAUGGGUAUGAACGGAUUCAACGGGAUGAUGCCAGGCUUCGGCAUGGGAAUGCCAAACAUGAUGGGUAUGCCUGGAAUGGGUAUGGAUCCAUCGAUGAUGUUCAAUGGAAGCUUCGGCGGCAACAUGGGAGAUAUGAGCAUGAUGGGCAUGGGCAUGGGCGGUAUGGGGAACGGCAUGAUGGGAGGCGGCAUGGGCAACUUUGGUGGCAUGGGGGGCCCUGGUUUCUUUCCCGAUCAAGGAAACUAUAUGCAAUCAAAUUACGGAAACGCUCAGCGACAGAACUUUUCUAAUGAUCGCGGGUACGGUCGUGGCUUUGGCCGUGGCUUCGGUAGAGGCGCACGAGGUAAUUGGAACCCCCGUGGCCGCGGAGGUGCCUGGGGCCAUCAACAAGGACACCAGCAGCAGAAUGGCUUCCAUCAACAGCUUGGUCCACAGGGCCACCACAAUCAAAGUUUCCAACAGGGACCGCAGCGGACUGGCGCCAACUCGGAGGGAGUGCCUUUACGUCGGUCCUCUCCCGUCUACGAGGGACGCAAGGCUACUCCUGCCAAUCCUGAUGCACAUGAUCACAAUAGGAGCGGGGACAAGCCUGCCGGCACCGCAACUAACAUGGCAGACGACACUAAUACUACAGAUGAGCGUUCGGAGCAGACGAAGGAGGUUGCCGAUCAGCAAAUGCAAAACGAAAAUGGCAGCACGGCUUCGAUGAAUGUCGACAAUUCGGCUGGCGAUGGCAACGGCGAACUUGCCCAGAUCCAAUCUGUCAAUCAUUCUGCACCAUAUGAGGAAUAUGAUGAGAGCGCACAGUACCAACAGGAAUACGGAUUCGGCCACCACAACAGUAACUUUGGAAGCCGUGGCGGCUAUCGUGGCCGCGGUGGUUUURUCAAUGCCUCCCACGCGACAGAGCUCACUCCAGCUCCCGCUCCGCCAGUGAAUGCUCCCAAGGGGCCUAAGGCCAUGCUUCAGGGUCUUCCCAACACUGGAUGGUCUGGCAGAAACUUGGUCAUGGCGACGCCGCCGAAGAAGAUUAAUACUCCUACGCCGGCGCCACAGUCCGAGCCACGGAUGCUACCCAACGGAUCUGCAAAGCAGGACGAGACCAUGCAGGACGACUAUCCACGGCGGGAGCCCGAUCUCGGAGGCCAAGACAAACCAGCUUCCCGCUCACACUCAAAGUCACGGCGUCGUAGCAGAUCGCCUGUGAUGGAUGACGGACAAGAGUCUGAUGGAGCGUACUCCCGCCACAAGGAGGGCGAUAGACGCAAGCGUAAAGAUUACGAGAGACGACACGAUGACGAAACGGAGGACUCGAGAAAGAAGUACCGCUCACGUUCAGAGUCUCGUAACGACGACGGCUCCCGUCGCCGUCAACGCGACAAGGAUGAGGACCAGCAUCGAUCCUCUCGGUCCCAUCGUGAUCGAAGUCGGGACAAGGACCGUCGCCGACGUCAUGAGAGGGAUGGUGCAGAUGACAGGGACGAGUACUCACGUCGCAAGAGCAAGACCCACCACGAGCGGGCUGAACAGGAGGACCACGAGGACAGCCGUCGUGGUAGCGGUCGCAGACACUCGCGUCGCGAGGACGAUCACGAACACGAGGAGGACCGCAAGGACCGAUCUCAUCGCUCCUCGAGACACGAUCGACCAGCUCGAGACGAUGGCCACAGUCGCGAAUACAAGCGUGAUCGYGAACGUGAACGAGAACGUCCMCGUGCUGUCAUUGAGCCACCUUCGGAUGAGCUUGGCUUCAAGAUCAAGGGUUCGAAAUCUGCUCGCGCUGGUAAGGACAGCGCCAACAACAACGACAAAGAGCGACGCUCCAGCGUGGUGGUUCAGAGCGUAGUCGAAGCACCAGCUCCGCCCGCCGGAGACAUCUAUGCCGCAGAGCGAGCUGCUGCACAGGGAAAGCGCGAAGCCAGGGAAGCGCAGCGACGCAGUACAGUAACUCAUCCCAGCUCCCUCGGAAAGCGUGGACGUGAAGAAGACGAUGCCUUCGAUGCGCCACGCGGCCCAAAGGGCGAUCGCAGCCGGACAAAGAAGGGCAAGAAUGGAAGACCUGAGCGCAAGAUCUCCUACAAGUACGAGGACGAAGUCGGCGGUGGUGACGACGAUCGCGAUGCGAACCGUUGGAGAUGA